ACUGGAUGACAUCCCUGAGAGAACAUUUUAAAGGGAGUAUAGAGUUUGUUCCCUAUGUGAUGGGGAGAAGUGGAUUACAACGAAUGAAUGAGGAUGCUACGUUAUUGGAACUUGAGAGUAUGAAGGUACCAAAGAAACCUUUGAAGGUGUAUGCCAUGGCCAAGGGAAAAGUUUUUUGAUGAUGACCAUGAUGACUUGGAGUUACCGAGUUUAAAGGUAUCCAAAUCUCUGCAGUCCUGUAGAACUGAGACAGAAGAAAUGAAGGAAUGUAGAGAUGAUGCAAAUAUGCCGGGACCAUCAGGUUUUGGAAAGAAAAGCGGAAAAAGUGUUGAACAGAGUGCAAAGAUGACUACAGCUACCAGUACCAUGGAUGUUACUUCUAAUGUCAAUUUACCAAUGUGUCCAUUAAAGAGUUCCUCUGAGAGAGAUGAUGUGCAGACAUCUCGCAUGAUUAAACGCCCUUUGGAGGAAGACACAGUUGUGCCAGUCAAGUCACCAAAAACAGACAAAUCAAAGACCUGUAAUGAAGAUGAAUCAUUGAGGAUUUCUGAUGAUUUUGAGCUUCCUGACAUUGAGGUAUACCCAACACCUUCAGAAAUUACAGAUGCCAAGGCUAACUCUCUUUCAAAGGAGGACAGAAUUGAGGAUUCACCAAUCAUAGACCUGGAGGUAAAAGAGUUCUUUGAUCUCAUGGAAAUGAAGAUAAAGAGAAGAAAGAUGGCAGAAGACACUGUCAUAGCAUUUCCCGAUAAGGAGAGAAAAGUUAUAACAAUAAUAUACGAAGACCAUGGGGGGAUGUCCUUUACAAGACCAUUCUGUAAAGAUGACACUCUGCAGAGUAUUUUCACAUACAUUUGUAAAGAAGUGGAGGCUGAAAUUCUGCCUCCAGUAUUUCAUCUGGAAUGCAUGGCGCCAUUAAAAUGCCCUACUGCAAACUGCAAACACUGUUGGGAGCUAGACGCUAGCCACAGUUUACCAAUUUCAUCACUUCCAGAUGCACUGAUUAUAAAGGAAGGGAACUUCUUAAUGGAUGACACCAUUACAAACUAUGGGAAUGUAUUACUUUGAAGUUACGAAUGCUCAUUGCCAUCCACUGUCUGUUGUUUUAUUCAAUUGACACCUUAUACUCCACUCAUCAUGCAGAUGGGUCAUAUUCUGUAGAUACAUUAAUGUUUGCAUUUUACUACAUGCAAUGAACUAUUGAACUGAUUGAACAAAAAAUAUUGACAUUUACAUGUAUUGUAUGACUAGCAAGAUUUGAAUUUACAUGUAUAUCUAUGUAUUCUUUUGUUCAUCAUUAAAUGCAUAUUGUUCCAAUUGCAUAUUUUAAUUAUACCAAUUAUCAAUUAAUACAGUAUGAAGUACAUUAAAAGAGUUGUACAUGUAUGUAAAAUGCAAUGCAAGUCAUUGAUAAAAUUUCUUCUUGCUAUUGCU